UAAGGUGGACUCGGCAGGCAUAAGUGCAGAAAUAAACAACUUAUCCGCUGCCAUCCCUAUGUAUUAUGAGCGGGGGUGCCGAGUUCCUUCAUAUUUUAGGAAAAGUUCAUGCGGCUCCAGCCAGCUUUGAGGGCAUAAAAGUGAUAAAUAAAGGGUAACUUGGGUGGCCAGUACUCUGAAAUUAACACGUGUCUCCACUUCUCUCUUAUCAGCGCUCUCUUAGCAAUCUUUGAACAUGGCACUCUCUUCUCUGCGAUUCCCGCUCUAUCCAUUGCUCCUCAGAAGCCCAAGAAGGGUCUUCUUCAAAUUUCCAGUAAUACCAAUAUUACCCUCGAGGCUGAGUUCACAGUCUCAUGCUCAUAUCUUAUCCCAGAAAUGGGAACCUUUUAGAAAGAAAAAGGUUGUUUUGCGGGUUGGGUAUGUUGGCACCGACUACAGAGGUCUGCAAAAGCAAGAAGAUGAACAUUCUUUGUCAACUAUUGAAGCAGAACUUGAAUGUGCCAUAUUCAAGGCUGGUGGGAUUCUUGAUAGUAAUUAUGGGAAUUUGCACAAAAUUGCUUGGGCUAGAAGUAGUCGCACCGAUAAAGGAGUGAGUUAUUUUCCUUUUCUUAUAUAUAUGAAGGUUCAUUCAUUAGCAACAAUGAUAUCUAUGAAGAUGGAAAUACCUGAAAAUGCAUGGAAGGAAGAUCCUAAUGGCAUAGCACUUGCAGAAUGUGUUAAUUAUUAUCUUCCUGAUAAUAUCAGAAUUUUCAGCAUUUUGCCUUCACAGAAGAGCUUUGACCCUAGAAGAGAAUGUAACCUACGGAAAUAUUCCUACCUCCUUCCUGCUGAAAUUAUUGGGAUCAAAGGUCACUUUACUAGCGCUGAAAUUGAUAAUCACAUAUCAGACUUCAAUGACAUAUUAAAUGCCUUUGAGGGGGAACAUCCUUUCCAUAAUUAUACAAUACGGUCCAAGUACAGGAAACAAUAUCCCACUGCUAUAACUGGCCGUGUGCCAAAGAGAGCAAGAUCAUCUAGUGAGAGAUCAACCUCUGAAUCUGAGAAAAGUGAUGGAGAAGAAGAUUACGAGAUUGAUGAAAUAAAUAUAGAGGAUCAUAACGGAUCAAUUCAAAGUUCUAGUAAAUUCAGAUUUAGUAAUCAGCAGAAAGGUGGCGUACUUGAGCAGCAACAAUACAAUGCUGGUAUCCUUGCGAGAUGGCUGUACGAACCUGAUGAGACAGAUAGAAUAGGUGCUUCCCACUUCAGAAAGAUUUUUCGCUGUUCUUGUGGAAAGCUGGAGACCUCAAAGGGAUUUGAUUUUGUUGAAAUUUCUAUAUGGGGAGAGUCUUUCAUGUUACAUCAGAUUCGCAAAAUGGUUGGCACUGCUGUAGCUGUAAAGCGAAAGUUACUGCCCAGAGAUAUUUUACCACUGUCACUGGCAAAGUUCUCAAGGAUUGUCCUACCUCUUGCUCCAUCGGAAGUUUUGGUUUUGAGGGGCAACAACUUUUCUUUGAGAAAAAGACCGGACAUAGGAGCACGACUUGAAAUGCUGACAAUGGUCGAGUCAGAAGAAAUUCUCAAUGCAGUCAACAAGUUCUAUUCUAAUAUAAUGCUACCUCAAGUGUCAAAAUUGUUGGACCCUUGUGGCUCUCCUUGGAAAAUUUGGAUAGAAAAAUUGGACGAGUACACAAGCAUUCCAGAUGCGCAAUUGGAGGAAGUCAGGAGUGCAUGGCACUUAUGGAAGGAAAAAUUUCAGACUAGAAACAGUGUUGCAUCAGUUGUAAAUCAGUGAAGCAAGUACUUCUUCGUUUUAUGUAUAAUCAGGGUAAUUUAACUUCGGCUGCAAGCCACUUUCAUAAGAGGAUUGAAGGAUAACUUUGGAGCUCUGUGCUGAUGGCAAUGAUUCAGGCUUCAUGUUCAAUUGAAUUAUGGUUGCCAUGCUAGAUACAUGAUCACGACAUGGGUAAGAGACUGAAUUGAUCUGGUCAAAUGAUUGGUUGAGAGCUUUUCAUACAACAUGAACAGAUAGUUGACGAUCAAGUAGAACUUAUGAGGGAAAUGAGGAAAGCCAUUAUUCUGUGGUGACACUGCCAGGCUCGGAACAAGCUUCAUCUUUCCAAGGAUCUAUUCAUAAUGAAAUUCCGAAAGAUCCCAUUAUGCAAUGGAAACUAGGUCACUCUUUGAAAGGGAAGUUUCCUGCAGUGACUUGUGCCUUUGUACAUUUUAACAUUCUGCAGUGUGAAAUUUCUUAACAAUGGUGAGCAUAAGUGAUUUCAAUGUGGAUUUUCAAGAUAUUUUAAUAUGUGUAUAAAAUACUUCAAAUAUGAAAAGUAUUUAUCUACUAGUA